AUGGAUGAAGUGGGUAGGUAUACGCGGUCAUGGAAAUGUCAAGUAUCUGUUGGGGAACUCUAUAGAUGGAUAUUAGCGAAGCUGUCAGACAAAGAUAUUAAGCGGGCCCUGCAUAAAUACCGUGACCUAAUGCCUAGACAAUCUGACUGGAACCGCAAACUUACUCAGGCUACAAAUAUGCCCGAACUUGGUUUCCGAUACCUAUAUCGUUGUGGGCAGAUAGAUGAAAGCAACCAUCGCACGAUGCAAAAGAUGCUUAAAUAUAUUGACCGUCAGGACGUGCUGCCUUAUUUUGACACGAUUCUAUACAACACAAAUAAUGCCAAUUGCUCGAUUGAGGAACUCAAAAGAGUUCUACUUGACAAGGUUGAUGCUUUUCUUCAGUACUCUUCCGUGCUUGGGGAAGAGGAGGUGCAUCCGGAGCAGCCGUACGAAAUUAUUCAAUGCCAGCCUCCUGAAAGCCGCCGCGUAACAAGGGCACAGGCUAAGCGCAAAGCCUCUUCGGAUCAAGCACGCUGCGUGACUGUAGCAAAACGCGCUCGACGCAGCUCAAUAACCGCUCAUCCGAGCAGUGGUUCAGAUAGUUCAUUGGUGGCAUCGUGUUCAACCGCGCACGGAGACGCUCAGUUGAAUGAGUUAGCCGCUAGCUGCUGUGGUCAGGUUCGCUCGGCCAUAAUGGCCGGUGCACUUGGUGGGCAGAUUAUACACGCCCUGCUCUCUGCCUCUUUGAUAAGCAUGCUCUCUGUCCUGCGCAUGACGCUUGCAGUUAACCCAUCCACCCAACACUCAGUCAUGGUUGGUGGUAAUGCGGCUGGCAGCAGCAACUCUGCAAUGUCCUCUAGGGCCGUCGCUCAUGUAAAUUUCGCCGCUGGAGGUCUUUCUCCUUCACGUCUAAUUGCCGCGAUGCCACACCUGAUGGCACUGGCGCGAGUCCAUGUGCCACCAGUAUUUGGACAUCCCUCGAGACGCUUGCUUUACAGACCUUUGCCAGCACCGCAAGUGCCCUCGCAACAGAGGCCUCCUCGGCCACAACAGCCCCCUCCACAAUCAGCACCACCGCAACCGCAGCUGCCGCAACAUCCCCACCUGCAGAGAAACCUUCUCCUCUCAGGUGGAGUUGGCAUUACGGCUUCCGCUAACGACUCGUGUAUUCACUACUACUGUAAUUUACGCUUACGAAUUAACAUCGACAUGGGCAGCUCAAGGGAAAUGCUGAACCUCAUACACGUCGACCGACAGGACCCUUACGGACGGCAGUUGGAUAUGUUCGUUCAGGCCUCGAAUCUGCUUCGGACAAGAUGCCCAGGAGAGUUUAUUUGCCAGUUGCGAUUUAACCAUCUGGAUCAUCUUGAGGCCUUCUGGAAUGACUAUGUCUCCGGUGCACUUAGAAGGGUAAGUACCCUGUUUCCUGCUGCUUCUUUUGGCUAUUUAGCAUUUGUUAGAUAA